AUGGAAACUGUCCUGAAGCGAAUCAAGAAUUUGACUCAUAUCCCGGGUGCUUUGACUUCUGAUCCUGAGCAGUUUGUCAAGGAAGUGAUCUUGAAAGGUGAGAAAUUCACUGACAAGAAAUUUCCACCUAAAAUCUCCUCAAUAUUUUCUAAAAACAAGAAGAAGUUUGAUGCUGAAAAGGUGAAACACUGGAAAAAUAGAGUUGUUUGGAAAAGAAUUCAGGAUAUUUAUCCCAAAGAAGAGCUUGACGUGGUGAAGUCCAUCUCUCCUUCAGAUGCUGAACAAGGAGAGAUCGGUGACUGAUACUUCAUAUCAAGUCUUUGCAGUCUCGCACAAUUGCAGCCAUACGAAAUCAAGAAGAUUUUUGUGACCAAGAGGUUUAAUAAAGCUGGAAUUUAUGCAAUGAGACUCUUAGUCAACGGGCAACCGAGGAUCAUAGUUGUUGAUGACUACAUACCCUAUGACAAGAUCAGGAAGACUCCGACCUUUGCAGGCAAGAAAACUAAGAACAUUUGGCCUAUUUUGCUAGAGAAGGCUUGGGCAAAGAUUAACGGAAGCUAUGAAGACAUUGUCACUGGGUCAUCAUGAGAAUCAUUUAGAACUCUAAUUCCUUACCCUAUAGUUAAAUUCAGGACGAGAGAUUCAGAAGUGGGUGAAGAGAAGCUCUGGGAUGAAAUCAAGACCUCUCUUAAUUAUCAGUAUUUCAUAACUGGCUCUUCUAAUGCUUCAAAGGAGGAGUCUAAACACCCAACUGAAGAAAAAGAAGAUCCUGAGACUGGUUUGGUGACAGAUCAUUGAUACUCUAUAAUUGGAGCUUUUGAAGUUGAGGUCAGGAAAGCGACAGAAUUUCUCAUAAAAAUUUCAAACCCUUGGGGUAAGCAAUCAUACAGAGGGAGAUGGUGAGAGGAUGACCCUAACUGGACUGAAGAGCUCAAAAUGCAUGUGAAGUUUGAUAAAAGAGAGAAAGGGGACUUCUUCAUGAGCUUUAGAGAUUUUUGCAAAAGCUUUGACUCAGUAACGAUAUGAAAAUGAGACUCGUUCUUUGACUUAGAUUCAUUGAGGAUAAAACAAAAGAAGGGAUCAUACUGCCUUAUCAAAAUUACUUUGCCGUCUAAGAGCAUUCUAGCCGUUAAUAUCCAUCAAUAUAUGACUAGACUAUUUGAUGGGUCUGAGUAUACGCCAGCAACGAUCAGAGUGAUGGUUGGCAAAUAAAACCAACGAUAGUCAUAAUCCGUUUAAACAUAUUGUUGGAGCUUACAGAUAUCAGAAAGAAAGCGUAUAUGUAGAGGCCCCAAAAUUAAUGGAGAAAGGAACAUACUAUCUCUUUGUUCAACUAGACUGGAACAAUUCAGUUAUCAACGAAUUCGCCUGUAACGUCAUUGGCUACAGUGUCAAAGCUGAAGAGAUUCCUCACUCAGAAUUUGAAGGCUUCUUCAUGAAUACCUUGAAGGAUUAUGCUAGAAAUAAAAUUGAAAAGGUAACAAUAAACAGUUCUGACCCUGACUUAAUGUCCAAGUAUUAUCUUGGAGAGGAGACUGCAGGCUAUGGUUUCUAUUAUUACUCAAACUUCUCAAAGACUGGCUGCACAGUAGUUGAAAAAGUCCAAUUCAAUAGGACAGAAGGCAUUCAACUUUUAAAAUGAGAAAGAGUUGGUAGUAACGUUCAACUAAAAGUCGUUGAAGAUAAAAAGGAUUCUUUUAAAUAUCUUGAAGUGAAGCCGAACAAGGAGAAAUUUUUCCUAUUUAAAAGAGUUGAAAACGGUUGUUCUACAAAGUACAGUUACAACACGUUGGUCAAGCAUACCUCUAGAUAUCUUGCUAAGCUAUGAAUGAAGAAAGGAAAGAAGAAGAAAAUAGUGAAUGAAUCAUCGCCUGAUGAGGUAAUGAACUAUUACUCUUUAUCUCAUGACUUUGGGCAAACAUUCGUCUUUGAAAAUGAAAGUGAAAAUACUACUCUUGACAAUUAUGUUGAUUUCCCUAAACUAGAAAACUUGAAACUGACUAGUGCAGAUUAUGCUACAAGUAAUAACGAAAACUAUUGGAAAUUUUGAAUCAAGCCAAAAUCUAAAAUAGCGAAGCAUCUGAGAAGAGAUGAUGUGAAUAGAAGCUCAAGCUUCUCUUAUUCUGUUAAACAUAAUUUCUUAAAACCAGGUGAAAAACCUUGCUCAAUAAAAGAGAAACGUGACCCUGAUAAGCUUACUGAUGAAGAGAUCAGAGAGAUAAUUGAGGAGAAGGGAGAAAAGAGGCCUUUCAACAGCCCAAGUACUGGAGAAGAGCUAUAAACAUUUACUACAAAACCCACUUCUUCGGCUCAUUCUAUGGUUUCCUUUUCAAAAAUGACCAAGAAGGAUACCUCUUUGAAGCUGAUUUUAAGUUUAAACUAAAAAAUCUCCAAGUUGUAGAUCCUUCUACACUCGAGAAAGAUGGAUGGAGCUUAAAACUAGGUCAUUCCCAGUCAUCUCUCAAGAAGCUUCAAACUAUCAAAAGAGGAGAGAAUGUAUCUUACAGUGUCUCGAUGUCAUAUUCUCUGAAGUACGAAUUAUAAUUCUAGUUCAUUAAUAAAGCACAAUCCAGCUAAUUAUUGGUCUAAUUUAUCACGAAACCCCAAGUUUACCAUCAAAUAAAGACUCUAGACUACAUCUUCUAAGGGACUGGGGUUUUCUUAUCUUUAUUAGGACAUUUUGGCAUGCCAACUUC